CGUGUUUCCGAUGACGGCCAUUUUAUACGACGCUCAUAUAUUGGAUGGGCUUGUAAUCGCUUACACAGCUUAUGACGAUUCAUUUGUAAGAUUGCGUUCGAAGCGUGGUGAACACCGGCGAGAAAUAUGAUAAAGGCAGAAGAUAAUCAGCCACAGAACAACGAUGAUAGGGACAGGAGCAGAGAGCGCGACCGUAAUCGAAGGUCAGAUAGGCCGAACCGCAUAAACUCUGCUAGCCGUGAUCGCAGCAGGGAGAGAAAUGAUCGCAGGAAAGCUUGUGACAGACGUAUUUAUGUAUCAAACAUUCCUUAUGACUUUCGUUGGCAAGAUCUCAAGGAUCUGUUCAGGACCGAAGUCGGCAAGGUAGCUCACGUGGAGCUCUUUACGGAUGAAAAUGAUAAGCCCAGAGGAUGUGGGAUUGUGGAGUUCGAGGACUCCGACUCGGUGAAGAUAGCUGUGGAGAAGAUGCAUCGCUACGAUAUCAAGGGAAGAAAGCUCGUUGUGAAGGAAGACUUUGAUGUGGAACGCGACAAGUAUGGCCGCUUAGCUACGGGCCGCAACAAUGAUAGAACCAGAGAUGAUAGAUUCAGAGAUCCUCCCAGGCCACAAGGAGGUGGGAGACAAAACAUGUCUGCACCCAGUGGUGCGGGUGGUGGCGGUGGCGGUGGCGGCGGCGGUGGCGGCGGUGGUGGUGGCGGUGGCGGCGGCGGUGGUGGUGGUGGAGGUGGUGGCGGUGACAGUAAGUUUGGAAAUACGUACGGUCUCAGCACACAAUUCCUGGAAUCUCUAGGUAUCAAUGGUCCUUUGGUCACGAGAGUAUUUGUUGCAAAUCUAGAUUACAAAGUCGAUGAGAAGAAGUUGCUUGAAGUCUUCAAACUGGCUGGAAAAGUAUUGCACGUUGAAUUGGGAAAGGACAAAGAUGGUAAAUCGAGAGGCUUCGGUGUCGUGGAAUACGACCAUCCGGUGGAAUCUGUGCAAGCUAUCUCAAUGCUUCACAAUCAGCAGCUGUUCGAUAGACGCAUGACUGUCAGACUCGACAGAGCUAAUGAGCCCGACAUGCCACCCAAAUUGCCGGAAGGCUUGAAGGGAAUCGGCAUGGGACUUGGAGCCGGUGGCAACAGAUUAAUGGAUGUGGCAAGAAACAUUCCUAAUGUACAGGCCAACAAUCCACCAAUGGUUAAUCCAAUCUCAGCGCCGGUUUUGGCAGCGGGUGCCUUCGGAGCCGGUUUAAACAACGUUGUACCUGCGCAAUUAGCAUCGGCAUUGUCGAACACGAAUGCUGCAGCUCUUCAGGCUAGUCUCGCGGGUGCCGGGUUGGGUGCUAAUCUUACGACUAGCUCGCUGCUGAACUCAUCACUGACGAACGAGUUAGCGUCCAACUUAAACAAUUUCGGUGGCGGUGUCGGUAGCCUGAGCGGUCUGCAAGCAUCCCUUGCCGGUGGACAGGGCAACAAUUCGUUUGCGCCACGUGGAUUGUCCAAGUUGGACAAUGACAUCGGGUUCGGUGGUAACAACGCCUUUGGCGGGUCCAACUUCGGCGGAGGUGGUAGAGACUUUGACAGCGGCAGUUUCAACAGAGGAGAUGGCGAUCGCAUUUCUGGCGGUGGCGGCGGUGGAUUCUCCGGGAAUCAAGGCCAAAGUGGAGGCGGCAAUCGUCAAAACUCCAACGGAUCGCGACCACUGUCAGAUACCAUUCUCAUAAGCAACCUACCUCCAAAUACCACAUGGCAAAUGCUGCGCGAUAAGUUCCAGGACGCCGGCGAAGUAAAAUUUGCGGAGAUGAGGGGUACUGACAUGGGUAUGGUACGAUUCGCAUCCGAAUGGGAUGCCGACCGUGCUGUGACUAUGAUGAAUCGAUCGCGCAUCGACGGCCGGACGAUUGACGUGCGUCUGUAUUAAGAGCCAAGAUGGGGGAGGAAGCCUCGAGGGACUCAAGCGUGAGGAAGCUGGGUAUUUCUGUGUCGUCUGCAGGAUUGUUCCGCUCCUGAUGACAAUACUCGAAAUUCAUCCUAGUUGCUAUGGCAGAAACUUAGAACAGUGAGUGAGAAGUGUCUGUCUUCGGAAGAUCAGCAAGUCGUGUUCGUAUGAUGGCUUCUACUCAACGUCGGUCGUGUCGGCCGCUGAUGAUCCACACGCGCCUUCUCUCUUUACCCUCUCAGCCUUUUUCGCUUCAACAUUGUUUACGCUACAGAUUAUCGCUCCUUUUUACAGUGGAAGUCUUUUACUAACUAUUCACUUCUUAAAGCGAGUCUUUUUUUCUAGCGAUCGUGACUAUAAGUUUAGUUGCUUAGGCUUAGGUUUCAUGAUGAUCUUUACCAUAAAUCGUACCGUAGGUUUCUUUUCAGUGUGUAGGUUUACAUUUAUUGUUGUACAAGCUAUUUACAGUAAUUAGCGAAUUCGUAGUCUGUAAGUCCUUACACUUCUUAGUUGUCAUGAUGAGGGUAUCAAUCGACUUUCCUCUAAAGUGACUGUUCUGGACUGUCGUUCGCAGACUGGCUCCAUCAUGAAAGGGUUAGAAAUUAACAUUUUUUCCGCGCACGAGAACGCACUUUUUAAUGCCACUCGCGGAAACUCGUCAUUGCUCGGACAGCGAAGAUUCCCGGCUUUAACAGCGUAUCGGUACGCUGUGUGUAGGUACAUUCGUUAUAAUCUUACUUUUAUGCAGAUCGUGGACUGUGUUGGAUUCUCGUUAUUGCUUGUGCUGCUCUAAUACGUAAUAAAAAGGCACGACAUGGUGUUUCAUAGGGGACAGAGCGUUUCGUCGCGAUGUUUCCUGCGAGAACAGGCCGUUUAUUACUGUUUAUUAUAUAUAUAUAUUUUUUUUUAUUUUUCGUCAUAUCACUUGCACACUUUGUCGUAUCGUAAGUUACAUUGUGAACAAUCUAGAUAAUGAAUCUAGAGCGUAGCGCAUGAGAAAUUCACCUACCAGUCGCCAGUUGUAGGAGGAUCCCUCUCGAUUCAAUCGCUUCGAGACUUCGACAAACAAACAUCGGACGACUUUAUACCCGAAACCUGGUUAAAUCGUGCUGCGUUUUUAUGCACCGUAGUAUGUUUACCAAAAAGUAAGAAACGAUCUUAUGGUGGCGUCAAACAUCGUUUUGCAACGUGAUCUGCCGUCCCUUACGUCUGCAGAACUGAACUCUGGACAAAAAUCCGAAUUGAUUGAGGAAGAAAGGGAUCAAGAAAGGGAACAAUUGUAACAAUUCGCAAUUGCGUUUCCGGGAUGUUAUUUUUUGGUAAACAUAUCUCCUUCUCAUCAUGUAGAUCUCGAGGAACAUUCUGCGCAUUGUAUAACACUCUUGUAUAACCACAUAAUCUCAUAACAGUGAUUGAAUAAAAUUCACAUCCGUUUUGAAUAUGAAAAAAAAUAUA